UACGCGGAAGAAAAGAAGUACGUAGCGGAAGUCGGCCAUAUUGGAUUGUUGACAUAGGGAACCUGUUGGAAACGGACAGCUGAAAUUUCUUUUUUGUCGUCACUUUUACGAACCUCAAAAUGCCGUCACGUGCUGAAGAUAUCAUGAAAGGAUUUAAACUAAAUUGGAUGAACCUUAGAGAUGCAGAUAGUGGGAAAAUUCUCUGGCAGUCAAGUGAUGAUUUGUCAGCCCCAGGAGUAGAGCAUGAAGCGCGAGUCCCAAAAAAGAUUCUGAAGUGUCGAGCAGUGUCAAGGGAAAUAAACUUUUCAUCAAAAGAGGCAAUGGAGAAGUUCAGAUUAGAACAAAAAGUUUUAUUCAAGGGAAAAUGCUUAGAAGAAUGGUUGUUUGAGUUUGGUUUUGUGAUUCCUGGCUCAACAAACACAUGGCAAAGUGUGAUAGAAGCUGCACCAGAGAGCCAGAUGAUGCCAGCAAAUGUACUCAAUGGUAAUGUUGUGAUAGAAACACGUUUUUUCGACGAUGGAAUCCUAGUCAGCACCUCAAAAGUUCGAAUUUUCUACGUGUAGUGCAGGGAUUAUACUUGACAUAACAAAAUAAAACUGCAGAAUAAAAGAAAAAAAACAGUGAAAGGGAGACAACUCUACCUAUCUUGCUCAUGUAGCCAUUGUCAAUUUGACCUGUUUACACCCCACCAAGAGAUAAUGCUUUGUUGAAAUCAGUUAUAAUUCCUAGAGUUUAAUGCCUCUCAAUUCUAUGUAGUGUGUGAUGUUACAAUGAGGUUUUUUAUCAUUCUAUAUAGACAAAUUUUGAAUUUGAAAAAUGAAAUUUUGAGGAAAAUACUGAAGAAACACAUUUCUGAGGUGUUAUAAUCCUUAGGGUGUUUUAUUUAUAGAAUCAUAAUAUGUUUAUUUAUGCAUCGUUAAGGAUUGUUUAUAAUAUUUAUUUUGAAACCUUAAUGAUUUUUUUUAAAGAAAGUCAUGUCAAGCUGUUAUUCAUAUUUAGAAUAGGCUUUACUCUUUUAUUCAAUGAAUCAUUGUAGAAUAAGGGUUCAGAAUGAAUAAUAGACAGUGGUUAUUUGAGCCACUGAUUUUGUUCCCUUAAGUGUACUGUAGUGCAUACGGUAUGGUACAGAUUUAUGGUCAGGGUUGUACUGUAAUUUUUUUUUUUAAAUGGGCCAUAAGUGGCCUUGUUAUAUCUGUUUAUGUGCAUCCAGGAAAACAUCUAGUUUGAUUUCCGAGUAUUAAUAUGAAAAAAUGCUGAGCAUUUUAACAAUCUGAAAGGUUAAAGUGAUGGCAAAAUUUAAAAUUUUUCAUGCUGUUGAAGAGUAUUAAUUUAAUGUAGUUAUCAUCAAAUUUGUAAAGUUUUAUUAUAAUUAAUUUGUAAAGUGCAUUUUUGUUGUAACAUUUUGCACAGUUUUCAGUUCGGCUUGAAAGAAAUAAGUCCCUUUAUUACAAAUUUAUUUUAGUUCGAUUGUAUAGGAAGCUCACUCUUGAAUGAUUUAUCAUCGAGUGUCCUAGAUUUGAUCGGUCAUUUAUAUAAAAACUUUUUACGUCCAACUGUCUCACAAAACAUCCAUUUUACAAUAAAACACACAAAUAAUUUUUAUUCAUAAGAAAUCUUAUGUAUUGGCAAAAUUUUUAGAUUUUCGCAUGUGAAACUACUCGUAAGUUUUAGAGAAGUUGAGCAUAUAGAAAAUGAUAAAGGUGUCGAGUCAGUUUCCUGAGUGGUAUGAAAAAAAAUGAAAUAUUUUCAUAUGAAAUUAGUAUCACUUAAAGUAUAAUUUCUGUGCAUUUUUUCAUAUAUAAAAGAUAAUUUCUUCAUAUGUUCAUUUUUUUCACCAUUAAAAGUAACUUCAGAUUCAAUGUAGAGAAGAAACAAACAUUUUAAAAAUGAUCUCAAUAAUUUUACCUGUUUUGAAAUUGUCUUUGUUAAUUAUUAAAAAGUUGAGCCAAAGACUAUAGGUCUUUAUUUCUGAAAACAAAAUAAAAAAAACUUUUUUAAAUUUUAUACAAGGACUAUGUUAAUGACAAAAAAUAAUAAAACUUUCCUUUCGGAAUUUUGUAUAAAAAUGUCUUUUAGUACAUCACAUGUUUAUUUUAUACAUAAAGAAUAAGGUUACUUGUACUUGAUUUAUUGAUUGUUGAAACAACACAUCCCUAACCAUCCCUAAUGUUUAUUUUAAUCAACUUGUGUCGGUCUAACAAAGGCCGUCUUCAGGAUGAUGUAUGUAUUAUUAAUUAUAUUAUUAAAUUGUUUGUCUUGUGUUUAUUUUGAAUGAUACAUUAAUGACAAUAUUUCAUCAUGUUAUGCUCUGAACAUUAUUUUUUCAUUGGAGUAUUGUGGCUACUGGAUAUGUUCUUCAGUAACACAACAACUUCUACUCUAGCCAACACAACAACUAACACUGACCAUUUCUCAUUGCUCUUUUAUUUAUUAUUGGUUAUAUAAGUUGCUGACGGAAUAUAUGAGAAAAUACUGCCUGGCUGAGAUAAAUAUGACUAGGCUGGGGCUGUAGUGAAUUUAUGAUAAUGCAAAUUAUUUUUGAAGACAAGUUUAUAAAAAUGGAAUAUAAAAUAAUGUUGAUUUAAAAUGCAUAAUAUUUUUUGUCAUAUCCCUUGAGGUUUUUCAACGUGCACCAAAUUAUCUAUGUGUUUCCAGUCUACAAAGUAUAUAUGGCACUGUAUACAAAGCAUAUAAGCCAAUCAAAAUUCAAGAAAUUUAUUGGUCAAUAAUAGCAACUGUUAUCUUUGGUAUUAGGUGUGCUAGUAAAAAUUAAUGGACCUUGGGGGUUUCAGGUUGAGUGGGUCAAGGUCAUUUAAGGGCAAGAGUAGAUUUUCCUACUUUUCCCUUUUGUUCGGCCAUGAUUUUAUCUUUGUCGUGCAAAGAUGGCAGCAUCUGGGAGCAUGUGACUGUGUAACUGACGAUUUUAAUUUAACUGAUAAUUUUGUUAUAGAUAGUUCAAAGUAGCAUAAUUUAGAAAAUUGUAAUGUAAGCUUCCAAAGAAAAAAUAUACUCAAAAGAAAAUUUUUUUUUCUUAAUACAGGAGUUAACUAGAAUUUUAACCCUUGAAUUGUCUAUUAAUAUGUUUGAGAAGUUUUAGCAAUAGAGUUAAGGACUGGUCCCAUGAAUGUCUGAGCUCUGAUUAACGAAACAAACAAGAGAUAUAAUACAGACAUUGAAGAAAAAUAAUAAUAAAUAAAAAAGAUAUAUCAAUUCUUUAAUUUUGUAAGGACUGAAAAAUGUAUAAUAUAUUGUUUUACAACAAAGAUGUCAUUAUUGUUGACUUAGGGAGACAGGUGUCAGCACAUGCUUGUUUACAUACCUUAUUGUACAUUGUAUACACAUAUACUUCAUUGCACCAGUUUGACUGUUCAUAUUUUUGAUAAAUCCAUGUAUUAUACAUGUAUAAUUACAUGUAUUACAGCAGCACCAUCUUUGUGCAAUUUUGAUUGUUGUUAAAGCACCAAUUAUUUGUUGUCACUUUAUAAAAAAUUUGGAAAAUUUCCAGAAAAAAAUGUAUGAGAAAAAAAAAAUGUUAAUUAUUACAUUGUGUGAAAAGCUUUUUAAGGAAACAUCAGAUCAAAGAAGACAAAGUAUUCGCCAAUUUUGAUGAGUUUGAUAUAAUUUCUCAUUAUGUUUUGUAUCUAUCUUUAUUUGUUUUGCAUAAUGGCGUAAAUACAGUUUGAAGGUUUCAGGGCAGAAAAAGAUUUUCAUUGAUUUGUCGUUAAAAGAAUAACAUGUGUUUCUUUUAAAAUGAAAAUAUUUUUAUGGAUAGAUUUUUAUUAAAGGCCCAUUAAGCCUGAAAAAUAAGGAUAAUAUUUUCACUUUUUCAAAAACUUCUUACUUUUGGUAUCCUGUUAAAGUUUCCAAAACAUUACUCAUUGGCCUUAUAGCUAAGCAAUCUUGUUUGUGUUUUUUGCAUUUUGGCAAUUUAGGAAGUUAGAACUUUAUUAUUUUGUCUUGAAGUCAAAUACCACUUUGUGUACUUUUUGCUAUGUCUGUCACAAAUUAUUUCAUAUUCAGUGCUUUUUCUCUUAAGGUAAGGCUCUUGGCAAAGUAUCAUGUUCUGAAUCCAUUAUUAUUACAACAGUUUAAAACAGAUGUUGGCCGUUUCUACAGAAGAAAAAAAGAUUCAUUUCUGAGACUUAAUGGGCCUUUAAAUUAGUGAUGAAUCAUUCUCUGGGUGCCUCUAAAUAUUUCAUAUAAAAACUCCAUUUUUUUAUUUUUUUUUUUCAUCAAAAUUAAUGUCAAUUAUCAAAAACCUUCACAACAGUAUUGUUUAAAUGCUUGUAGAUAUUGUAAUAAAAGUGUGCAUUAAUAUAUUUAUUUAAUUACAUAAUAUUUCAUAUUGUCAGUGAAAUCGAAAGCUGAAUUAUUGUUUUUAUGUUCUCAAUGAAUUUAAAUCAGGAUUAAAAUAUUCAUCUUUUUUGAAUGCAAAUUUUGUAUGAAAUAUUCCUAGAAAACCCCUUUUUACAUGGAAUUAAUUAACAUUGAACAGUAAAAAAAUCUAUCUUUUCUGAAAAUGAGGAAAAAUUUGUGGAAAUAGAAAAUUGCUUAUUUAAAAGGCGAAUGGAGUGGAUUGAGGGUAAUUGUUUGAUUCUUUUUGUCUAGAUGAGUUCAUGUAUUUUAUUUGUGUUUUUUCUUUCUUUACAUAUCAAAUAAUGCAGAGUUUGUUUUGUGUUCACUUAACCCUUAACCUGCUGAAUUUGUGUAACGGAUGAAUUUGUGUAAUGGAUAAAUUUGUGUAACGGAUGAAUUUGUGUAAUGGAUAAAUUUGUGUAACGGAUGAAUUUGUGUAACGGAUGAAUUUGUGUAACGGAUGAAUUUGUGUAACGGAUUUGCCCUGCUUUGAAAUUGAACACAGUUUAAGGCAUUUUAAUAUUAAGAUAUAGAACUUGUGGUGAAAACAGUAUAAAGCCUUGGUUAGACUGCAUGGAUGUGCAGACUAGCUCUGCCCGGAUCUAUACUGCUAAUAGAGGGUACAUGGAGCUUCAUUUGUGCAAUAACAUCUGCAGAAGCACGAAGUUGCAUUUAAAGCAUGAGCCACUGGGUGAAGGAAUUGAUAAGUGUGAGGGCUUCUGGAGAUGUUACUGCAUGAAAAAAAAAGGUCAUUAAGUUUAUGUCUAAUUCUGUAAUUUCAUAUUGAGUUAUCUGGGGUGUGUGGUUUCAACAAAGAAACCAAUAUCAUCAUACUUUCCAUAUGCUAAUGCGAUGUCAUUAGACAAUUUUGUUUAAAUGAAACUACAUCAUUGCAGAAAUUUAUUUUUACAUUGCACCCCCAAGUCACACAUACUGCAAAAUAUGCAACAAUGGCAUAUGGUCUUGUGAAUCUAUCUGUUAAUGUGUAUUUUUUUCUCCGUUAAUGUUUACCAUUUGCACGUAGUUUUUAUACAAGAAUCACUUUUUAGUUCCCGCAUGUUAAGGGUUAAUGGCAGAAUAAAUUCAUAAAUGCUUUUUUAUAAUUUCAUUUAAACCAGUCAGUGUAGUGUUAGUAUCAAUUUUAGUUCUUGUAAGAACACUGUACCAUAAGAUUUAUGUAUUUCUGUAAUUAUCGUUUGUAUUAUUAUUUGUUGUAAGAUUUUUUUUUCGACAGUAAAUGUUCCGUCCCAGUUUUAAAGUAUUCAUUCACAUUGUUCACACUUAACCUGUCGAAUUUCUUUAGUGGACUUUACCAUAGUUCCAUGUUUGGAUCUGUUUAUUAAUAAUUUUGAUAAAUAGUAAAAAUAAGAAGUCAACUGCAAAUUCUUAAAAUUCCCUUUAAUAUACCAACGUUUCGGCUGAACAGCCUUAAUUAGAGUACAUAAAUAAAUGAUAAACAGGAAAUUAUGUCAGCGUCACAUGACAACAAUAGCGAUAACGUCAAAACGUUACAAAGAGUUUGGCAGUCAGCGAGUUUGGUAGUCAGCAUCGAUUUGAUUCAUUAUGCUAGUGAAGAAAGCAAUUAAAAUGCAAAUAUUAAAUAGAAACACAAGUAAGAAAUAAUUUUGGGAAUAUCGAGGUGAAAAUAUAAAUAAGUCGGCCAACAAAAUAGAACCUGGCCAGAUUGUGCGGAAACGCUGGCUGGCCUGGCUCUAUACUGGUGGUAACAGCUAAUUAAUCACUUUCAGUUCCAGCAGGUUUGGGGUUAAAAACAACAUGUUUACUUAGAAACAACUUCGUUUUGAACAAAUUGUUGACAUAAAAAAUUUCUUAUUAAUGUUAUGUGUUCACCUGGAAACUUAUGUAAAAAGGAAUAAAUAAUUAUUUUUGUUUGAGUAGAAACAACUAAUUUUUAUGUUAAUAUAAAAAUAGUAAAUUGUAAAUAAAGCAAGUUUUUAAUUCACAACAAUUAUAGUUUGAAAAACUUGUAAAGCAAAAAUAAUUUGUUUAUGCUAUAAAAAACUAUAAAGCAUUAGUGUGUAAAUUUAGGAAAAAUGAAAAAUAAGAACAACUUUGUUCAAUGAUAUAUCCAUUAUCCUGCCAGUGGCUGCAGAUUGUACCAUGUGACCAGUGCUGACAAAUAUCAGCCAGCAUGUCUAUAUCCUUUGAUCAUUGUUUGCUAUUUAGUCAGUUCUUAUUUUGAAAUAUUCCCUAUAAGUGAUGAAUGGCUUUGUCCAGAUAGAAAGAUGGGCAAGUCCAUUUAAGAUAUUUAGCAGGUACAGGCACACAAAGCAUGUAUAUAAUCAUGAUUGUCUUCAUAUUCAGUGGUCAUUUCUGGAGAAAAUGUUGCUGUUAUGAACAUGAAUUAAGGUAAAUAUAUAAAAAAACAAAAACAAAGGUAAAACAUUCCCUUUCCAAAGUAUUCCACUGCUAUGUAUGUUAUUAAUACGACUGAUGAUGAUUCUGUGUAUGUGCCACUGGCUUAACUGAAAAUUCACAAUAAUUGUCAUUUCUGUUUAUGAAUUUGAUUAUGUUUUUUAAGCAAGAUAAAAAGAACUAAAAUUUAUAUUCUUCCAGUUACAUACAGCUCUAUAGUAAGGUCGUUGAAGACAGAAUGUUGUUAAAAACUGAAAACUUUAUACCCCUUUAAGGUAAGAAAAAUCUGACAGCUUGUUCACUUAGAAAUAAUUUCAAAAUAAACACUUUUUAAAAUUGAACACAAUAUUA